AUGGCUCCGCCCCUCGAAAUCUCCAUCCCAACAACCACAACCUCAACCACCUCCCCACCGCAUACAAUCUACAACAUAACCCUCCGCCUUCCACUCCGCUCCUUCGCGAUCUCCAAGCGCUACUCCGACUUCACAGCCUUCCACAGCGAACUAACGUCGCAAUCAAACGCCUCACCACCAGCUCCUCUUCCACCGAAGUCCUGGUUCUCAAAUACAGUCUCCAACACAACCCUCCGCGAAUCCCGCCGCGAGGGCUUAGAAUCUUACCUCCGCGCCAUAAACGAAUCCGAUGACCCGCGCUGGCGGAACUCGCCGGCCUGGCGUGCAUUUUUAAACCUCCCGAGUCUCGGCCCCGCACAUGUGAAGAGCGGGGCGUCAUCCGAAACUGCGAACGCGAAUGGGAAUGGACAUAGUAACGGUGUAACUGCUUCCUCCGCCCGUCUGCACGCAGCAAUCACAGGGCCCGGGAUCGGAGGCAGCGGCGAACCGAUCCGCGACCCGACACUGUGGCUCGACUGCUAUAGGGAUUUGAAGUCGCAUCUACAUGACGCGCGACUGCACCUUACACGACGAGAUCAGGAGACCACGCCGCAAAAGCAGCAUGAGAGCUCGGCACGGGCGAAGAGUAGCCUUGUGCGCGUGGGAACACUGAUUACAGCCCUGGACGAGGGUCUGAAGACUAGCAGCAGUCAUCCUAGGAAUAAGGGUGAAUCUUUUUCGAAUUCCCUAGGUGAAGGCGAACUCCGACGCCGACGCGACCUGCUUAUUAACGCGCGCAAGGAAAAAGAUGGCCUGGAGGACCUGCUGAAUACCAUGGCUGCGAAGAGCCGGAUCGACAACGCGGUUGCCUCCAUCAAGGAUAAGGAGGCUCUUCUUGGCCCUUCGGGCGCAAGUGGUGGUGCGGGGAGAAAACCGGCCGCGCGAUCGGGGCGUGUCCUUGGAAAGGAAACGGACAAGACCCGCGAGCUGGAUAAUCAGGGCGUGCUACAGUUACAGCAGGAUACGAUCCGUGAGCAGGAGUUGAGUGCUGGGGAGUUGCUGAAAAUUGUACGGCGUCAGAAGGAGCUGGGAAUCCGGAUUAACGAGGAGUUGGAAAUCCAGAAUGAGAUGCUGAGGAUGGUGGAUGAGGAUACGACGAGGGUGGAGCAGAAGAUGGAUAUCGCAAAGAAGAGAGUGGGCAAGAUCUCAUAG